CCGUGUGCGACGCGUGACAGUUUCACAGAUGCUUGCCAUAGUCGACGAUCAAAACAAUAACAGAGCUCGAGUGGCUGUAGCACUUGUGGCAGUAUAAUAGUUCCCCGCCGUUCUUUACGUGAGCUUCAGCCUCACGCAGAUACCAGAGCUAAGUUGGUAGCGGCCUGAAGAAGUUUCGUUCUCGAGUACUACCGUAUCACGAAGCAGACAGUCCUGGAUAUACGCCAAGUACACACGAAUCCUCCAUUUGUCUAUUUGAUAACGCCAGCAUAAACACGAGACUGUGUAUAGGCAGAAGUCAUGGAAUCAGAAGCGAGAAAUCAAAUUAAUAACGAUUAUAACUUCUUCUACGCGACCAUGUGUCACGUUUGCAAACGGUUUGGCGACGGCGUCCAAUUGAAGAGAUGCGGUGGCUGCAAGAUGAUCUCGUAUUGCAGUAAGGAACAUCAGAAGCAGCACAGGAAACAGCACAAACCUUUGUGCAAAGCCAUACAGGACGUGCUGCGGAACUACAACAUGGAUUAUGGCGGUGAAACUGCAGAGGAAUGGGCCGACAAGAAGCUGACCUUCGAGCAGCUAGUAGCGUCCAAGCUAGGACGUCGCCUGAAUUUGGAUGAGAUGGAUAUGUUCUUUUUUCCAAAAGAGUGCCUGGUUUGCUACGACCAGAACAUCAAGUCGUUGGAAGAUUGUCAGAAGUGUGCUGCCAGCGUUUGUAAAAAUCACAAAGAUUGCAUCCUGGAGCACAGGAACAUCUGCGCUACCCUGGAACUAUGUCUUCAUUCAGAUUUAUUUUCUAUGCGAGAGGGAGGCAGUUAUAUGGACUUGGAUGUUUACUUGCAACACAUUUCCUGCACGAGUACAUUUCAGAACAUGAAAGACUUUAUAAAGGCUUGUAUGAAUAUCCAGACUGACUCGGAGAUGUCGUGCAAUGUCCGGGCAGUUUUAGACUCAGAAUGUCUGACACAUUCCUUAACGUUGUUUUUUGCUAUGCGAUUAUUAAAGUAUGUCCCAAAAAGUGAAGAUCUAGUCGUUCAUGUUCUAGGUGCGAGAAAGUACGAAGAAAUCACCUUGAUUGGGUGGGAAAUUUUUCCGCGUUUAAUAGGAGCCAAGGUGUCAGUUAUAUUGAUAGGACCGGAAUUACCAUGUCAAUCAACGCUGUCACAUCAUUGCGAUAACUGUAUGUCACGGGAGAAAAAAUGUUUGACGUUUGAGUUUCACAAUGUAUACGAGAACUAUGUACGCAGUUCGUCAUUCGUAAAACCGGACUUGGUUGUAGGAUUUAAUACGUUUGGUGGUGCGAGCAGCGAGGACCCUCCAGUUGAGUCCAGUAAGGAAACGUGGACGCCGUCCAUUAUUGAGUUGAUAGCGAAAGAAAAUUGUCCGUUUAUCUUGACGUCUCGCACGCUAGAUAUAUUUGAAGAGGAGACAGACAUAAUAAACGCAAGCCUGGAUAAAGAGGUAAACCAUAUAUAUAGUGGAAAGAAUCCAUUCGCCAGUUUAGACCCAUGGAGAGUUGUUGUCCGCGGGCCGGAGUACGUAUCUUAUACGAAUCAAUAUGUUAUUAUCUAUAGGAGUCUUUGUUCAUAACUGAUAUGCGUAAUUUAAGCGACCGAUACAAACCAACGGCUGUGUUUUAUGCCGAAGAAAACGUGUGCGAAAUGACACACACGAAUUAACUGAACUUAACGUUUAAUAAAUGUAACGGAAUAAGGAACGCAAAGAAAAUUAUAUGUAUGUACAUACAUCUGCGUAUCGCAACGUAAUAAGCUACAUGUCUUCACGAAACGAAUUCCAAAAGCGGAGUCCGACACUCCGGAAUGUCUGCUUAUUAUUUAUAAUCUAAAAAUCCUAGAGCACAUUAUCUACAAUUGUAGAGUCGAUUGUCUUACAUCGAGCAUAAUUGAUUGAUAGAUACAGCGAUUAUAGAUAUAACAGGACACAUGGAUGUAAUGUAAAAUAUUAAUACAAUGACUGUUACUUUCAGUCCUGUUUGUGAUGAAGACAAGACUUUUCAUUAAUUGUUUGUAAUAAAAUUUAUACCUUUGUAAUAAAUAAUAAAAUAUACAUAUAUCAGGCAUUUA